UCCCUGUAGAAUAACAUAACUUUAUUUUUCCCUGUUGCUUCAAGUUUAUACUCUUAAGUGGUAGAACAAAGUUUAAAAAGAGUUCAAAGGAUUCUGUUUUGCUGUACUCCUCCACCAAAGUACUGAGAAAAUAUACACAUUUAUUUAUUGAGAAUAAAGGACAGUAAACAUAGUUUAUAUUAAAAGCACAGUACCAAAAACAUACUAUCUGCAUUAGGUCCUAACUAUAUUCAAAGGGAAAACAGAUAAAUGUGUGUUAUGCUUUAUUGUUAUGCUGUGUAUGAAUUUGUUCUGGCAGCAUUCUUGAGAAUGAAUUCUUGAGUGAACUGUGUACUUUGUAUAUUACAUCCAUACAUAUACCCUCACGCACUAACAUUAUUACAACUUCCCCAGCUUACCAGAUACACAUACAUGAAAGAUUAAGAUCUCAACAUUUUUAGAUGAUAGCAAUUACUAGAUCUGUUUAAGUCUGCUUCUCUAAAAAGACUAGGAGUAUAUUUGAAUGCAUGUUUAUAUUAUUUAUCAAAUUUAUCAAAAAGUGUGCUGAAACAUUUAAUAUAUUUCUAAAGGGAAUAGAAUUUUUUAUUUUUUGUAAACUGGCCUCUCUUUUUUCAUCUUGGAGUAAGGAUGUUUCGGAACCAACUCCGUUAUCUCAGAGUAUGGUUUCAACAAUCUAUAGUUCUCAAUUUGUUAAAAAAAACCUUAAAUCAGCCAUGAUUGCAGGCAGGCACAAUUGCAGAUUGAAGGAGUAGGAACUCCUACUCCUCAAUUCAGAGUUAAAGAAGCUUCUUGGAUGAGAAGUGAAACAUCUUCAAAGAAAAAAACAGAAAGUCAAGUUGCCUCUUGAAAAAGCACCUUUAGGACAACCAUGACCUGGAUGACUGAGAAUCUCCAUAAAGAUAAUGUGCUGGUAUUUUUCUGCAACUGGAAUUAGAGUUUUUGCACAUUUAUAAGCUUUUAAAUCUAUGUGGUCACUAAGAGUCAACAACUUUAUGGCAUGUAAGCAGUGAUCUCUAGAAAUAUUAGUAUAUCUGUAAAGUAUUGUCAUUUUGUAAUAACUAUAGAUUAGGUUUGGUGGGAUUAAUUGCUAAAUCAAGUUCACUCAGUUGUGUGUGAGGGUUUUAAAUAUGUCUUUUAGCAAGCCACAAGAGGGCCCUGUAUGUAUAGUGAAUGCUGCAUUCUUUUCAGAAUGUGGAUUGGUUAAAGGUGAGAAUUAAGCUCUGUGGAGCAUUUAAAACCACUGUAUUUGCCAGCUGUAAAUUUACAACUGCAUAGAAUUUUACUGUUAAAUAGAACUGGCUUUCAUUUAGGUAUAGCUGGCAUGCUUGUUUCUACUGCUUCACUUGAAAACAGUCGAUAUUGUAUUUUCUAUCACUGUAUUCAACUUUUGGAGUUCUGAAACUUAAAUAAGAUGCAAAGUACACCAGAUGAGGUGGUAUUACUUGCAGUAUUUGUACAUUUUAAAAACAUGUAUUGUCAUUUAUGACAAACAUUUAAACCUAUCAAAAUUAAAAAUUCCCUCAAGUUUAGUUAAAUCCCCUGUGAUUACAUAGUUAUUGUGUCCUUGGAAAUGAUUCACCAGUUUCUUUCUGAAUAUUUUAAUUUUCCCAUUCUAAGCAAGUAUAAUGCAAUCUCCCCGUCCAAGUACUAAUCCUAGUCUGAUUUUGAAUUUUAACACUACUUUGCUCAAUAAGGUGCGAUUUAAAUACAAAAUCAAUUCUUGACAAUGAACCUCCACCCUCUGACAACGGAAUGAGGCUCCGAGCCAGCCUGAAAGAGGUCACGUGGCCUCAUCGGACUUCAAAGGCAUGUUCGGGUUUUUUUUUACCGAAGUCUUCAAGAACCCGAGUUCUCGCGAGAAUCUACAAUGUCGUGGUUGCUAUAGAUACAUAAUGCUGUUGUCUCUGGAGUUAAGAUAGGCUACGGAUCACUCCGGGGAAACUUGCGUUGAGGUAAAAUCCGGCUCGACUUUAUUUUUAUUUGAUUUGAUAAAUAGAGACUAUGAGAGGAGUAGGCAUUGGGACGGAAUUAUGCUUAAAAGAAAUAGCGAAAAAAUAGGGUAUGAUUCUUUGAGCCCGGGACUAUAAUUCCCAGCAUGCUUUUCGUAGGGACGCGAUUGAAAACGCUCGAGAAUGGCGACAGCGGCGCAAAGACUUUUGGGAGGGUAGUCAGCCGAAGAGAAGGUGAGGGCUUCCCUCGAAAACGAUAUGGGUUAGUGUGGCAUUCUGGGAAUUGUAGUCGGAGUACCGUAGUGGCACCGGGAGAGGCGCAGGAAGCGAUACUUUCAUUCUUGCAACGACAGUCAUGAACGCAAAUGGCUGAUUCAGAAAAAGAGGUAAUUGAUCUGGCUGAAGGAGAUAUGGAAGGCACUUCUACAGAAAAACAAAAAGAAGAAAUUACAGAUGCUGCAGAUUCUAACAAGGAGCAGGCAGAUAGAGUACCCUUGAAUGAAACAGGUCUACCUUUACAGCAGGAAUACAACAUAGAUUCAACAACACAAGAAUUGGGUAUUGCUGAGGAACCAAUGCAACUGCAGGAUGCUGCUAUAGAACAAGUACAAGGGCCAGAUGCAUUUGAGAACCUGAACAUGAGUCAGGAACCAGUACAGGAUGCAGGUAUUGCUAAGGAGCAGAUGCAGAGGAUAGGUUCUGCAGAAGAUCAAACCACAACCAAGGAACCAGACAGAGAGGAAGAGCUAGUUGCGGGUGUGGCUGUUGCUGAAGAACUGGCAUUGAAGUUGGACACAGCAGAAACAGAAUUUGAUGCAAAACUCCCAGAUUUUCAGAAAGAUGAUUCACAUUUCCAAGAUUUUGAUCACGAAAUUAAACCAACUGAAACUGAGACGGAUGCAACAGCAUCUGAAAGUACAGGUGCCAGCGAAGGUGUUUCUGAACAGCAACCUGGUUUAGCAGCUGUUGUUCCAGAAAGCAUAAACAUGGAAAAUUUGGCAGCUCAGCUUUCAGAAAUGAUAAAAAAUGCUAUCGUAACAGUUAAAUUCAUGCUGCAUCCUGAAAUCCAGAUUUUCACGAAGUCUUUUAACAUUAAUCAAAAUGUGGAGCAAAUCAAGCAGUACUUUGUAAAGCGAUUAAAAAUACCACUGGAUGUUUUACAACUUAGGUUGCUAGGGAGAGUAAUAGAAAACUUUGAAACCCUCUGGAAUCUUGGUGUGCAACCUAAAGGGACAAUACAGUUUGAUAUGUACUCAUUAGACAGUGAAAACUUUCCACUCAAAGCAUACAAACUUCUGCAAGAAUACUAUAUGCCUGAUGUUAUAUCGGUUCGAGUUCAAAUAGAGCCAGAUACUUUUCAGGAUGUAUGUAUAGAAAUUAAAAGACCAUCAUUUGAAAAGCCAUUCUUGGGUGGAUUUAGACAUAAAGAAACAGGCACGGAAUAUCAUAAUGCAGGAUCACAGACAGAUCCCAAAAAACGGCCAGACAAAGAAUAUGAAGAGUUCUGUAGGUCAACACAGACAGUGGUAGAAAGAAAAAAAUUACUAGAGACCACAAAUACAACUUCUACACAAAUGACAAAAAUUGGUGUUUAUGUGUCAAAUGUCACUGAUAAGCUUAUAGAACCAAAGCCUUAUGUGACAGCUGAAGAAUAUCAUGAACGACGACUUAAGGCGACCAUUGUAAUCCAAACCUAUUAUCGACGAUGGCUAGCUAUUCAAUGGGUAAAGAAACUAAAAGAACAAUUAAGACUGAGACUGGAAUGGGAAAGGCAAGAGGAACUAAGAAAACAGAGAGAGAGGGAAGAAAAAUUGCUAAGGGAAUAUAAUAGAAGAAUGCAUCCCAAAUCAAAGGAUGAUUUUGAAUUACUUUAUCAUGCCUUAGAAUUAUGGAGAAAAGAGGAACUUGAGGGUAUCAACAGCGCUUUCACUGGAGCUGAACGGAAAGCAGCUCUCUGUGGACUUCUAGAAAAAGAGACCCAGCUGAUUGCUUGCAUUGGGAGACACAAACUAAAUGCAGUAGAAGACAACCACGAAAAAGCAAUCCUGUCCUUUCUGGAAAAGUGUGCAGAACCAAAGAGAUGGAAAGCAUUUGAUGGCAGAACCACAGAAAUGGAUACACAAUUCACACUGCGGGCCAGGGAAUUACUUGGAAUCUACCGCAGCAUUAGUAUGAAAGAUAUUCCCCAGGAUGAGCGGUUAGAUGUGCUGUUAACUCUGAAACAUACAGUGAAGGAACAUGAAUGUAUACUCACACAAGAAAUAGUGGAAUUAAUUGAUAGAGAAGCAGACCUCAUGAUGAGGGCAGUGAAGGAAUGUAAUUUACAAGGACUUCGACAAAGAAUCUGUACAUUAUUUCUUCAGUAUAUUAAAACACCACUUUUCAAUCCAGAGGUUGCACGACUUCUCAAGGUACCAGCUGAUCCAAUGAAGCUUUAUCACAACAUCUAUUUUUGCCUGGGCUGCAAAAAAUAUCUACCUUCUACUAGUUUUGCCAUAUCUGUUAGUUCUUGCACCAUCGGCCGAUGUCGUCAGUGCUGCAAGCUGGAUAACGAGGCUCGUAAGAGGGAAGCCUUUUUGAAGUACAAACGGAUGCUUCGAAAUCUCAGAGACUCUGAAAUGAAAUACAACGACGGUGCUAAGAUUGCCUUUAUACUUCAGCUACAAGACUUACACUACAUGGUUGAACAUUUCUGGGGUUCUCAGUCAGUUCUUAGUGCUUGGGAUGAUCUGUAUGAUUUGGUCAUGGUUAGGUGGAAUAAGUGGCAAGAAUGGUCUCCCUGGAACACUAUUCUCCUCAAAGAUGAUGAAGCCGAAGCUCAUCUUAAACUAACUGAUCUUGAGAAGGCUUAUGAAAAGGUGUUCAUUCACAGAGUAAGGCACAAACAAAUGCUUGCAAGAAACUAUUUCUCUCAGUUCCCAGAGCUGGCAGCUGUUCUUCAUAAAAGUGACAAGCAAACUAACACAGAAGAUAUUUUAGUAACAAAGUCUGUAACAACUGCUUCAUCAAAGUAACAUUUAAAGAGAAGUUUAGAACAGUUCUCUUAAAAGAAGAGAACAUUGCUUGGAAAAUUGGCCUGAUCAUGAGCUUAAAGAAUGUUUGUUUGCAGGCCCUGGAUUUUUCUUUAAAUUACAUUGCCAAAACUUCAUCUUAGAACUUCAUUUCCAAUUCAUUAUGGUUAACACUGCACUUGCUUCCUUCACACAAUAUGCUUUUGGAAGGAUAUGUUGUCUGCUCCCCUUUACUCAUUUUUCCUUUUUAAAGAAAGGAUAUUUUGGCAGCCUAGCCAAAUCUUAAGUAACAACUUUAAAAGACAAUUUUAAAAUAGAGAGCAGCUGUUUUGUUUUCAAGAAUGCCUGCAUAUGAAACUUGGUAUACAUUAAAGACCUUGAUUUCUUAAAUUUAAUAUAUAUAUAAAAUUAAUAUAUAGAUAUAUAAAUAUAUAUAUUUAUUUCUUAUGACCAGCACUAUCUCUUUUUAUUGUAUCACAGCAGGUUAGGUAUAAUACAAUUUAUUGAGGCAACAAUGAAAAAGGAUGUCAGAGGUUAUUCAUUUUUUCUGACCUUUACUCUCUAUAUGCUAAUAAUCAACAUCUUAGAGAGUAAAUUCAAAUAGAAGUCAAACAGCCAUAGUUAAAGACAUCUUAAAGUUUUAUAACUAUUUUGUGUGGCUUUCAUAAUAUUUAUAUACUAAUAUGAACAUAGACUAAUACCUUGGUUCUUCAGUAACCCAAUUUAUACACAUUACAUAAUAGAUCAAUUUUUAAUUGCUGGAAGCAUUAGAGUAGAAUGUGGACAAUUACAAGGAGCUAUUAAAUCUAUUCAGUUGUAUAAGCACCAUAAAUAUUACCAGCAAUUACACAAAGUAUCAUAACAUUGUGUUUAGAUAUCAGACAUCAUGAUUUAUUUGGAAAAUAUUUUUCAAAUUCAUUGCAGGAAAAGAUCACUGCUAUUUUAGAAAAGCGCACAUACACUGCAUAUAUCCAGCAAAACUAGCUGAUGGUGUUUUUCCUUGAAAGCUUAGGCUUUGCCAAGUACAACCUGCCUUUAAAGUUUCCCCCAGAGGUGUUUAUAUUAAUGAUACCAAUAAGGAUUCAUCAGUAUAAACAAUUUAGGCAGGGAUAGACCAUCAUUUCAAAUACUGAGAGCAUGUUGAUCAAUGUUCUCACAAAGUGACUGUAUUGAUGGAUCAGCAAUAAAACCCUCUGUCAUCAGAUGGCAAUGUGGUAAAAUUCCUUCCCACACUCUUCCCUCAAAAUGCUUUUUACCUUUUCUCUUUCUCUUUUUUUUCCUGAACAGUCAGACAGAGUUGCAAACAAAGCACUGGCUCAAAUAAUCCAUUCUCUCCCCCCACCACCUAAAUAUGUUUCUGGUCUAUGUGAAUCCAGAGUCAUUCUUGUAAAUCAUAUUAAGGUAGAGGCAAUUACUUUGUUUUGCAGUGUGCCAGCUUUCUAUUUAAUUAAAAGAACCUGUAAACAAUUAUAAUCAGAGGCGUUAGACACCCUGGUGGCUGCUAAGUGAUGCGUCCAAACACAUUGGUGUCAUAAGCAUUAUCUUGCCUUCCUCUCUUUUAGGUCCAUUUGGGAAAUAUACAUGAGGCAAGUUACAGUCACAACCAAACAUGAGGGCAACUUAAUUAUCUUUUCUUGUUUCUAUGAUAUCUACUUAAUAUGUACCAAAAUUUUAAAUUGUAGAACAAGAACUUUAAUAAAUGUUGGUUGGCUGCCUUUGCACACUA